UGCAAACCUCUUACACCGUCACAAACCUCUUCAAUUCUUCGAUCUCAAAAGUUGCAGACGCCUUCCACUGGCACGAAAUCUGAAGACCAUACCUCGUAAUCAAACAUUCUUUGGGCUUGAUUUUCACCGAAUUCAAUAGCACCUGUUCAAAGAGUCUUCAAUCUUCAGCGAAUCACAAGAUUAUGAUCCUGAGCUUGUGGAGAGUGCAUUAAUAUGAAAGUGGACAGAGGAUCAGCGUCAUCGCCUGUUUCUCGGCUUCCACUAGGUCAAUCAGAUGUGUUUGAUAAUGGGUCAUCCGGAGAUAAUUCUGAGGAUUUAAUGUUUGAUAUUGAGAACCCUAAAAGGUCUGAGCUAUCAAUUCAGCAUCCAAGAUCAAAUGUGCAUCAAGACAAUGACUCUCAUGGGCUUUUGAUCGAGCAACCCUUCAAGCCUAUUCUUUAUUUGGAAAAAGAUGUGCCAAACCUUGACCACGAAGAAUAUCCAUUUCCAGCAAAGGGCUUGAGCAUGACUUAGGACAGGUUAUACACCUAAUUUAUUUAUUUAUUUAUUUUGUUUAUACUCAUGUCAAAUACUUGUAAUUUUUUUUUUAAUACAGAAAAUUAAAAAAUUACCAGGUUAAGAGAUCAGGUUUUUGUUUUAGUGUUGGAAACUUCCUGAUAUGAUGUUCGCUACAAGGCGCUGCAUAUCUGAUGCAUACACUUUUAUAGCUAAACAGCUUGAGAAUGUUUACUCAUCGGUUUCAGUAAGUUUAUUUCCUCACAACUAGUCUGUCCUUAAUUAUCAUGUUAAGGCUAAUACUUAAUAAAGCAGUUCUAGUAAAUGAUGAAAUUAUUUAUGCAACAAUAUCCCCUCAAUAUUCACAUGUCAUACGGAAAAUGAUGUUUGUUGAUAGUUAGUGUUUUAUGUUAUGUGUUGCUCUAAUGCACUGGAGAUAGGUAGCUCAGCUCAGUUUAUCCUUUGUGAUAUGAUUCCGGUCCAGAAUAUAGUAGGUUCUCCGCUAAGCGUGGGAAGCACCUUUGGUUUGGAAGAGAAGUUGGAUACAAUUCAGAAGCUACUUGAGCAGCAACAGCAGCUGCAGCAACAACAUUUUCAUGACUGCAUUCAAUUUAAAAUGAUGUUUUAAUUUUUGAGGAUGUUUGAAACCAUUUGAUGUUAAAACAGCUAGUAAAUACUUUUUAGUUCUUGUUUACAAAACUAGAGAAUUUGUAACUUCUUCGUGAGAUUAAGAGCUCGUUUGUUGGCAUUGUAUUGUCGUGAUAAUAUAUAUAUUUCUUUCUAGAA